AUGUGGUUUUUGCUGCAUUGUUUGGAGGACUUGGAUGCCAGCCUGCGCAAACUCAACUCCCGCUUGUUUGUCAUAGGAGGCCAGCCUACCAAUGUCUUCCCUAAGGAAUGGCAGAUCACACGUUUAUCUUAUGAAUAUGACUCUGAGCCUUUUGGCAAGGAAAAAUAUGCCAGCAUUACAAAACUGGCCAACGAGGCUGCGGUGGAGGUUCUGGUGCAGGUUUCACACACCCUCUAUGAUCUGGACAAGAUCAUAGAACUCAAUGGCGGUCAGACUCCUCUCACCUACAAGAGCUUCUCAUCAAUUGCAUGGAUCCACGCGGAAGAGCUUUGUAAGUGUUUUUCACAUAAAUGUGUGUUUGUGUUGUCUUUAGUGAGACACAGUUCUUUAAAUCUCCGAUUGUACAUUUAGCUUUCGUCAGGAUUUGAGACAGAAGGCCUGAGCACAGCAGUUCGGCCAGGUGGAGAAACAGAAGCUCUAAUGAGACUAGAGCGGCCUCUAGAGAGGAAGGCGUUGAUUGCCCAUGUUGAGAAACCACGAAGAAGAGCAAAUGUGCUGCUGGCGAGUCCCACAGGACUCAGCCCCUACCUGCACUUUGGGUGUCUCUCCUCUCUGCUCUUCUUCUUUAAACUCACAGAUCUUUAUAGGAAGGAGAAGGAAAACAGCAAGCCACCACUUUCCUUUUAUGGACAGCUGCUGUUGAGGGCAGAGGGACGUCCGGGCUUUCCCUGGAUAAACACCAUUAUGACCCAGCUAAGGCAGGAGGGGUGGAUCCAUUCCUUCCGCUGUUACUGCCCUGUGGGAUUCGGAAGACGCACAGACCCCAACAUCAAAUCGAUUCGGUCAGUCCGUCUUCCCAUCUCGUCUUUCUUUCCAGCCAAAUACAUCUACGAUCCCUGGAGGGCCCCAGAGGAAGUGCAGAAAACAGCCAAGUGUAUCAUAGGAGAGCACAAGCCCAUGAUGAACCAUGCUGAAGCCAGCCGCAUCAAUUUGAAGCAAAUUUACCAGAAGCUUUCCUGCAUUAGAGGACUGGGUAGGUUUGCUGGCUUCCUGUGCAGGGUGUGUCAGCUGAACUCGCUUCCAGCUCACUGCGACCCUCAGAGGAUCCGCAGUUAUUCUUGA